AUGGAUCCCCUCAACCUCUUGUACGACGGGGACAGGAACUGGAGCAGGGCCCUGAACGCGUCGGACGCGGCGCAGAAGCCGCACUACAACUACUACGCCGUGCUGCUCGCCAUCCUCAUCUUCAUCAUCGUCUUUGGCAACGUCCUGGUGUGCAUGGCAGUGUCCAGGGAGAGAGCCCUGCAGACCACCACCAACUACCUGAUCGUCAGCCUGGCCGUGGCUGACCUGCUGGUGGCCACGCUCUGCAUGCCCUGGGUGGUUUACCUGGAGGUGGUUGGGGAGUGGCGCUUCAGUCGCAUCCACUGCGAUAUCUUUGUCACCCUGGAUGUCAUGAUGUGCACUGCCAGCAUCCUCAACCUCUGUGCCAUCAGCAUCGACAGGUACACGGCUGUGGCCAUGCCCAUGCUCUACAACACCCGCUACAGCUCCAAGCGCAGGGUCACCGUCAUGAUCGCCGUGGUCUGGGUGCUCUCCUUUGCCAUCUCCUGCCCGCUCCUCUUCGGCCUCAACAACACAGAUGAGAAGGAGUGCAUCAUUGGCAACCCUGCCUUCGUGGUGUACUCCUCCAUCGUGUCCUUCUACGUGCCCUUCAAUCGUCACGCUGCGGUGUACGUGCAGAUCUACAUCGUGCUGCGGCGGCGCAGGAAGCGUGUCAGCACCAAGCGCAGCAGCCACGGCUACUCGGACACGCAGGCACCCCUGAAGGAGGCAGAGAGUCACAUAGAAGAGAUGGAAAUGGAGAUGGUGUCCAGUACCAGUCCCCCUGAGAAAACGGCCCUCAAACCCACAGCACCAAGUAACCACCAGUUGAUUGUGCCAGUUGCUUCUAAUCGGGGCAACAACUCUACCCUGCAGGCACCCCUGAGCAGCCCCGGGAAGGUGGAGAAGAAUGGCCAUGCCAAAGAAUCCCACCACACAGCCAGGGUCUUCGAGAUCCACUCCCUGCCCAACGGCAAGACGAGGAACUUGCUCAAGGCCGUGAUCAGGAGGAAACUGUCCCAGCAGAAGGAGAAGAAAGCCACCCAGAUGCUGGCCAUCGUGCUCGGUGUUUUCAUCAUCUGCUGGCUCCCCUUCUUCAUCACUCACAUCCUGAACAUGCACUGCGACUGCAACAUCCCGCCGGCCAUGUACAGUGCCUUCACGUGGCUCGGCUAUGUCAACAGCGCUGUCAACCCGAUUAUCUACACCACCUUCAACAUCGAGUUUCGCAAGGCUUUCAUGAAGAUCCUCCACUGCUAAAAGUCACAAACAGCACCCGCAUUUUUUUAGGAACGGAGGGGGAAGAGGAAGCGAUGCCAUCCAUGCACAGCGGGGCAGCCGGGGAGGGGGCUGGAGCUCUUGGCUUGGGCACCACCCAGUGCCCAAGCGCCUGGUGGGGAUGGAACGAGGUGGGAGGGUCUCUCACCCCGCUGGGUGACCUCUGGACCAGUCCCAAGGGCGCUUUUCAGAGCCGCCCUCACACCGUGUUGGAAGUGGAAGCGCGAGAAUCGAGGCGCUCUCGCUGGGUUCUCGCCCGUGGCCACCCGGCCUGGAGCGCACUGGACACUGAGUGGCCACGGGGCCACCAGGAGGUAGCGCUGGGUCACGGGCACAACUCUCACCAAAGACAAGGCCACCCUUCCUGGGCAGCAGGAGCCAGACAGGGCCCGUGGAAGCUCUGUGCAAUAGCUUU